AUGCUCGCUGGCGAACAGACGACGGUGCCAACGACGCCAGGGGGCGGCGAUCUCUCGGCACCUUUCACAGACACGCAUGGUGGUCCGACCUUCCCUCUCACGACGGCAGUCGUAGUACCUGCGGCAACAUCUCCAGCAAAGUCGAAAACAGCCCAUCUUCGUCCUGGUGCGGUCCACUGGCCAGACAUUGGUGCCCAGUUGAAAUCUCAUGUCGAAACGGGGCUGACGAAAGCGUAUCAAACCAUCCUGGAGCUGCAGGCGGAAGGCCUCGUCCAGGCGACGAUAGCCAAGUCGAUAGAACCAGUCGCGAUCGCCCACAUCGAAUCCCACCACAAGAACGUGACGGCCCGCCUCCAGGCAGUCGUCGCCGAUACCCUGACACAAUCCAACGCGACCAUCGACAGCGCCAUCAAGUUACUGCAAACCGAGUACGAUGCCCAGCGAAGCGUUGUGCACAACGAGAUCAACGCCCACAAACACACGACCGACCAAGCGUUGAAGCGGACACGCCUUGCCAUGGCAAAAGAAGCGCAGCGGGUCACAAGCCUCGAAUCGUGCCUUCGCCGACAUGAGAUACACGUGCUGGAGGCUCAACAUCAAGAGCGCAUCCAAGCGCUCAAAGACGAAAUGGCGGCCAAGGAGGCUGCCCAUGCCGACGUGCUACUUCGCCAGAAAUCGGCCUUUGUCGACAUCGAGCGCUUCAGUAAAAAGCUUCAAAUUGCCUUGGAUGACGCGCUGUUGGAAAUUGACCGAAUGAAGAAGCUCGACCAGCAGCGCCACACCAACAUCACGGCCGUGACGACCAUCUCCGAGUCGUACGUGAAUUCGCUGCGGCAUGCCGUGACGAUCGCGAACGAGCACACCGAGCAGAUGCGCUUGGACUUGGAGCAACAGACCAAGGAAAAAGAAGCCCUCGAGCGCGUGAAGCUGGGGCUGGACGAGGCCGUGGUGCGACUAACCCACGAUGCCAAGGUGGCCCGGGAAUUGCUGGCCGAGUCGGCGCGCGAAUUGGUCGCGUUGCAAGAUGUCCAGGUCACAACUGCCAAGGAGCUUGCAGGGUGCCAUUUGACCAUCCAAGACUUGAAAAAUCGCGUGGAUAAAGUCACUACCGAACUGAACGCGCAAACGGACCUCGUGCUCGCAUGCGACGACUGCGUGGCAGACUUGAGGAACCAAGUGGAUAGCCAUGCCAACCACGUCCUCAAGAUCACCGCCGAGCAUGCGCAAAUGCGCGAGAGGUGGGACGCCGAAUCGUCGCGACUCCAUCAAGUGCACGCCGCCGACCGCGCCACGAUCGAAGCGUUGGUUGGAAAGUUGGCGCUGCUUGGUUACGACAAGAACACGUUGGAGAUAUACGUCCCACGUAGCAGUUCAAGCACCGCAUCGUCCCAGCCAUCACCUUCUCGAACGGCGACAAGUGGGGCGGCCCCCGCUUCCACAACCGUUCCUACUCCUAUAACGGGCCAACCGCGACGACCGUCCAUGGCGUCGGAUGCCGCCGUCGGCACACGGUGUCAUGCGACGUUGCGGCACCACAAUCAAUAUGACAGCCUUGUGAAUGUCCUCCAGCGAGAAGCGAUUGGAUUGCCAGAGGAACAUGCCCAGCGGCUCUUUGACAUGGAAGCGUCCGUUCGCGAGAGCGUCACUGCCCAGCUCACGUACGAAUUCAAGCGCACCUUUUCCAAGCAACUGCGCCAGCGCAUGCAGCAAGAGAGGUUUUUCGUCCUGGAGAAGUUCGACAGCAUUAUUGCAAAGUCGCUCGUGGAAGAGCGCGCGGCCAAGCAACUUCUAGCCAAGCAAGCCAAAGCCGUCGGUCGCAAGGCGUCGCUGCGCUGCGUACCAGAAACCACCAUGACGCUGCGCAAGGUCAAAGCGACCAUUGCCCAGGCGUACGACGCCAUGGGCGUGAUCGAGUGGAACGGCGAGGAUGUCGCCGAGAUGAAGCGGCAAGUCGCAGCCGUGACGAAAGAAAACGCUGAUUUGGCGGCUACCGUCGUCGAAUUGGAAGGCAAAGUCGAAAUCCAGCUGCUUAGUCUAGCCGAAGCGGAGCUGUUUCAAAAGGAGCGCGACAUGCUCCUCGUUGAGCUGACAAAAAAAUUCCACGAUGCCAAGGACGAACUCGCUCACGUCAAGCGCCAUCACAAUCCGCCGCCCUGCGAACACGACCACGGCAGCAACCAAGUCGGCGACGCCGCGUGCAACGUGCGUCUUGUUGUGCAGGGUCAACUGCCUCACAUGGAGCAACAUCCCCGGCGUGCCGUGCGAUCGACGGAUUUGGCCAGCCAUGCCGUGCGACCCCAGUCGGCGGCGGCGGCAUCGACACCGGCCAAAGGGACUAGCUCCGUCUCAGCGGUGGCAAAGAAGCCGCGACCAGCAACGUCUCGCGGUGCGACAGCGUCCACCAAGAAACAGUCCAUCCUGCCAUCGACCCACCAAGGUGGUCCCCACCAUGACCACCAUGCAAAGACACAACCCGAGCAUGUUCGAAGUGCGAUGAAAUGGGAGCUGCUGGGCGAGCGGAACGACAAGGAGUCCAGUCCACAGGAGGACAUUGUCGUGGCCAGUGCAUGGGUCGGUGAGGCUGGGAUGAAAACCAUUCUCGAUCGCCGACGGAAGCGCAAGUAG